UUUUGUUAGUCACAGCAUGCGAAGUCUGAAAAUGAGCUGAACCGAAAAUGAAAAUGACUAAAACAAACCAAUCGUUGAAAAAUGCCAAAGACUUGAUCUAAACUGAGAGUCACGUUUUGUACACCUGGUUAACCGUGAGUGACUGCGCUGGCUAAAAUCGUGUUUACUUUUUACUAUUGGAUGCUAUUAUUCUUACUUUUAACUGGUCUUGAUUAGCGCCAGUAAAAACCAUCUGGUCUGCCAUAUCAUAAUUACAGAUUACUUGAUGCAUAAAUCUGUUUAUCUUACUUGACAUGUAUCUAUUCAGGUACAUAUUACUAGAUUCUGUACCUCGCGACUGGAGAUUAAUUAGCUGUUGAUAAUCAAGCAUAUACUUAGUAAUCAACUUGCAAAUAUCUAAUUUUGAAAGAAACAAUCGAGAAAUUCAAAAAAAUGGCCUAAAAUCUAUAUUAACUUCAGAAAAAUAAAAAACGAUAUAAACUUUUUCAUUGAUAAUCGGCCCAUUCUACUUGGACGCUUUUGUUGUUAACCGCAGAACAAUAUUAAUUAACUAAAUAGUCAUGACUUCGACGAGUAAAAGCUCAUCGAGUACCCAUAGUGCUGCGUCCAGCAGAGGUCACUGGGGUUCAAACUUCGAGUUCAUCUUAUCGGCAGUUGGGUGUUGUGUUGGCUUUGGAAAUGUCUGGCGCUUCCCUUACAAAGUAUUCCAAAAUGGUGGAGGGGCUUUUCUUAUUCCUUAUUUUGUUAUGCUUAUCCUGGUAGGGUUGCCUAUGUAUUUUAUGGAGCAGGCGCUGGCCCAAUUUUCAAGUCUGGGUCCCGUGUCACUGUGGAAGUUCUGUCCCCUCUUCAAAGGCAUAGGCUACUCCAUGUUCAUCAUGAAUGCCCUCUUCUCCAUCUACUACAACAUGCUACUCGGAUGGGUCAUCUACUUCCUCAUCCACUCUUUCACCCCCACCUCACUUCCCUGGAGUGGGUGUGACAACAGCUGGAACUCACAGUACUGCAGUCACCCCAUCACACAGUGUCGAGAAAAAAACGGUCAGUUUGACGGUUUCGUCUGUCGGACAGAUGUGAGUCCUUCCGAAUCAAGAAGCAGCAACCACUUAUUCCAACCCAACGACAACUGGACUUCGCCCGCUGAAGAGUUCUGGAUCAACAAUGUACUCAGAAGGAGUCCCGGAAUCGACCAAGUUGGAAGUUUCCUCCUGCCUCAAUAUGCCGCUUUUGUCAUGUCUCAGGCUAUCAUCUACCUCAUCUUAAUUAAAGGCGUGAAAUCAGUGGGGAAAGUUGUCUACGUCACAGUAAUUGCACCUUACGUCAUUUUAUUAAUUCUCCUCAUCAGAGGACUCACUCUUCCGGGAAUGGAAGAAGGCGUGAAGUUUUUCAUCCAGCCAGACUUCAGCAGACUAGCCGACCUCACAGUCUGGACCGGGGCUGCCAAUCAGAUCAUUUUCUCACUGGCUCUCGGCUGUGGAAUUAACCAGACUUUAUCCAGCUUCAAGAGGUUUAACGUUGAUUGUGAGCGGGAUACUUUUAUAGUCGCGGUGACUAAUUGUGGCACCAGUAUUUUUGCGGGUUUCACAGUAUUCUCCAUUCUGGGCUUUCUGGCCAACCAGCAGGAGACUUCGGUGCCAGAUGCAGUGCAAGAUGGAAUGGGACUAGCCUUCGUGGCCUAUCCAAGCGCAACUGUCCAAAUGCCAUUUUCUCCGUUGUGGGCGGUGCUGUUUUUCCUGAUGAUGUUGAAUGUGGGAGUGGACAGUGUGUUCGCUGGACUGGAGGCCAACAUCACCAACAUCCUGGACGAGGUGCCUGCAUUGAAGCCCCACAGGAAGUACAUCACACUAGGCGUCAUUCUCACUUCCACCCUCAUGUCACUGCCCAUCUGCACCGAGUCAGGUUUCUACUGGUUCUUCCUGCUGGACUGGUACGUGGCUCUCUACCCUAUCUUCCUCAUCCAGUCCCUCCAGUCUAUGCUAGUGGCAUAUGUGUACGGGGUGAAGAGAUUCUCACUCGACAUCCAGACCAUGACUGGCAAACCUGUCAAUAUCUACUGGAAGGUGUGUUGGAUGUUCGUGUCUCCCGCCAUCAUCCUGUCUCUCUUCGCCUACAACCUAGUCGGGUACAGUGACGUCACUCUAGGCCACUACCAGUUCCCAUGGUGGGCGUCUAUCUUUGGACUCACAGUCAUGCUACUCGAAAUACUUCCUAUACCGGCCUAUGCAAUCUACAAAGUGUGGACUACGAAAGGAGAAUCAGUGUGGAGCAGAGUUAUGAUCAACCUCCAACCCAGUGAGGAUUGGGGGCCAGCUGACCUUGAAGACAGAGCAAUGAAUAACAAGUUAAUUGCAGAGAAGUUGGGCUACAAAUACGUAUCAGACGGAUCUCAUCCAAUCUUAUAAUAAAAUUGUUAAUUUUUUUCAAUGAAAAUAUUAAAUAAAUUGCCUAUAAAAAUUGUGAAAUUAUUUCAAAUUGUCGAUGCUUAUGAAUUAUACAACAUAUUCAAAUUUUAUACAGAAAAAAUUAUCCAAAUUCAUAUUUCAUUUUA